UACAUAAACGCAAAGUUCUUGCUUAGGGUUAGCGAGUUUUUCGCCAUCAUGUCGUACAUUGUGGAGCGAUUAGAAGAAAAAGCUAGGUUUAAAAACGAAAGCGAAGCCGAACUGAUUCGAGAGAGACUCGAAAUACUUGUAGACAGCAUUGUAACCCAAAUGGAAAAGCACGACAGCCGAUUUCAGAGUACAUUGGUCAAAAGCGGAAGUGUUUACGAAGGAACGAAAGUUUGCAAGCCGAAUGAAUUCGACUUCAUGGUAAAGAUAACCCCUCUUACAGACAAACCAUCAAUCUUGCAGAGCUCCUGUGCGAAG